UGGUCUUUUUGAGAAAUACAACAAUAACAAAAUCGAGAUUAAUACAUGUACGUGUUAUUGUUGUAAAGGCAUGUGUGCAUGCGUGUUACGUACAGGUAAGUCGUAUGCUACGCGGUAUUCUCCCGACGAACAGUUGGACAGGGCGCACACACUGACGGACGAACAAUGUCAGAAACGAGCGACGACGGUACACAAUACGAGCCGGUUGCACAGCGAACACAAUAAUAACAGACGUUUUUUGGCGGUUGAAAUGGACCACGCGGACGCGGGUCGGGGAGAACGGCGGCGGAGGAGUCGGAUGUUGGUGACGGCACAGAAUAGAAUCCGUUUCGCACUUCAUGCCGGAAACCCGGUGAAAAUAAUUAAAGAACGAAGAAUACUGAUGAUCGCAUAAAACAACGAGCGCCCUGAUUGAUCAUUGUCAAUGUUGGUUUUUGAAGUUAUCAAUAGUAUUCUUCAUGAUUUGUUGCACGAAUCAUCAAUAUUAUCUUAUACACGUUUUACAGGAAAUAAUACUUGUGAAAUACUUUCAGUGUUUCCGACUUAUUUAUUUGGUUGUCUUAUGAAUAAAAUAAUUUUUUAUGUUAAA